CGCGGCAAGCCCCACCUUUCGGCUUUCCCGCACCGUCAAUCAAAAUAGGAAAAAAAACCCGGAGUAGGCUCGGGCCGCCGCCGCCGCUUCAGCCCGCCGUGAGCACAAUAAGCAUGUCCCCGGCGGCAGCCGCCUAGCCCCAGCCAGCAGGGCCUGUGUGCGAGCCAGCCAGCCUGCCUGCCUGCCUCCCGCCCAGCCAGCCAGCCAGCCGGCCGCUCGCACUCACACCAUGACCGCUCCCGAGAAGCCCGUGAAACAAGAGGAAAUGGCUGCCUUAGACGUGGACAGCAGCAGCCACAGCGAAUAUCUCCAGCACGGCAACGGCGCCGCCCCGGCCUCCGCCGGGGCGGCCGCCCCCCAGGACGCGCAGCCGUCACCGCUCGCUCUGCUGGCGGCCACCUGCAGCAAGAUCGGCCCGCCGUCGCCGGAGGAGGAUGAGGCCGCCGCCGCCGCCGCUGCCUCUCACUCUGCCGGAGCGACAGGGGAUUUGGCUUCUGUGCAAUUAGCUGGAGCUCCAAACAGAUGGGAGGUCUUGUCUGCAGCUCCUACCACUAUAAAGGACGAAGCUGGUAAUAUAGUACAGAUUCCAGGUGCUGCCACAGUAACUUCAAGUGGGCAGUAUGUCCUUCCUAUUCAGAGUUUGCAAAAUCAACAAAUCUUUUCUGUUGCACCAGGAUCAGAUUCGUCGAAUGGUACAGUGUCUAACGUACAAUACCAAGUAAUACCCCAGAUCCAGACAGCGGAUGGUCAGCAGGUUCAGCUUGGCUUUGCAGCCUCUUCUGAUAAUAGCAGUAUAAAUCAAGAAACUGGUCAAAUUCAGAUCAUUCCUGGCUCGAAUCAAACCAUCAUUGCCUCUGGAACAUCUUCAGCUAAUAUUCAGAAUAUCUUAUCUGGUCAGUCUGGUCAAGUCCAGGUUCAGGGAGUUGCAAUUGGUGGUUCGUCUUACCCUGGCCAAGCGCAAGUGGUUGCUAACGUCCCUCUUGGACUGCCAGGGAAUAUUACUUUUGUACCCAUUAAUAGUGUUGAUCUAGAUUCUCUGGGACUUGGCAGUGGUUCUCAAACCAUGACAGCAGGCAUUAAUGCAGAUGGGCACUUGAUAAAUACUGGACAGGCCAUGGAUAGUUCAGAUACUUCUGAGAGGACUGGUGAGCAAGUUUCUCCUGAAAUUACAGAAACUGCCGCUGAUAAUGACUUAUUUGUGCCAACGUCAUCUUCAUCACAAUUGCCCGUUACCAUAGACAGUUCAAGUAUAUUGGAACAAAAUGCAAAUGACUUGACCACAACUAGUGGUCAAGUUCAUGGUUCUGAUCUUCAGGGAAAUUACAUCCAGACAUCAGUCUCUGAUGACACGCCGGCUCAGAAUAUUCAGGUCUCCACAGCACAGCCAAUUGUACAACACAUACAGCUGCAAGAGUCGCAGCAGCCAACCAGUCAAGCCCAGAUUGUACAAGGUAUUGCGCAACAGACAAUCCAUGGUGUUCAAGCAAGUCAAAGUAUAUCUCAACAGGCUCUUCAAAAUCUUCAACUGCAGCUGAAUCCUGGAACUUUCCUAAUUCAGGCACAAACAGUGACCCCUUCUGGGCAGAUAACCUGGCAGACAUUUCAAGUGCAAGGAGUGCAGAACUUGCAGAACUUGCAAAUUCAGAAUGCACCUGGUCAACAAAUAACUCUGACUCCUGUGCAGACUCUCACUCUUGGUCAAGUUGCAGCAGGUGGUGCGUUGACAUCAACUCCAGUUAGUCUAAGCACUGCUCAAUUGCCAAAUCUACAGACAGUUACAGUAAACUCUAUAGAUUCUGCUGGUAUUCAGCUGCACCAAGGAGAAAAUGCUGGCAGUCCUGCAGAUAUUAGGAUUAAAGAAGAGGAUCCUGAUCCAGAAGAGUGGCAGCUCAGUGGUGAUUCUACACUGAAUACUAAUGAUCUAACACAUUUGAGAGUACAGGUUGUAGAUGAGGAAGGGGACCAACCACAUCAGGAGGGGAAAAGACUGCGACGAGUGGCAUGUACAUGUCCCAACUGCAAAGAAGGUGGUGGAAGAGGCUCCAACUUGGGAAAAAAGAAGCAACACAUUUGUCACAUACCAGGAUGUGGCAAAGUAUAUGGGAAGACCUCACAUUUGAGAGCUCAUCUCCGCUGGCAUUCUGGAGAGCGUCCAUUUGUUUGUAAUUGGAUGUUCUGUGGCAAAAGGUUCACUCGCAGCGAUGAGCUCCAGCGACACCGAAGAACGCACACAGGUGAGAAGAAAUUUGUCUGUCCAGAAUGUUCAAAACGCUUUAUGAGAAGUGACCAUCUUGCCAAACACAUUAAAACACAUCAGAAUAAAAAAGGUAUUCACUCUAGCAGUACAGUGCUGGCAUCAGUAGAAGCAACAUCUGAUGAUACUUUGAUUACUGCAGGAGGAACAACACUUAUCCUUGCAAAUAUUCAACAAGGUUCUGUUUCAGGAAUAGGAACUGUUAACACAUCUGGCACCAGCAAUCAGGAUAUUCUUACCAACACUGAAAUACCUUUACAGCUUGUCACAGUUUCGGGAAACGAGACAAUGGAGUAAAUAUUACACAAGAUACCUAUUAAUUGUGGUUAUUUUUAUACAGUAGUGAGAAGAAUAUUGUUCCUAAGUUCUUAGAUAUCUUUUUAUUGAUGUGCAAAAAUUUUUGGAUUGACAGUAACUUGGUUAUACAUGACACUGAAAUGCCUUACUUUGUAUGAUAUUCCAUAGUAUAUUAAAAUGGUAAAAUUGCAUGGGUUUUGUAGGUACUUUUGGAAUCUAGAAGAGAAGAAAUUUUACCAAGUUAUAUUAAAAAAAAAAAAAAAAAGAAUUUAACGAUGGAAAUGGUAGUCUAACCAAAUGCAUCAAUCCUGUGUGGUUUAGUGUAAAAAAAAUGAGAACAUGUUGGUAUUUAUCUAUUGUAAGAUAAAAGAAGUUGAUGGGUGAAAAGAAAUCACAUUAUGAUAAAAGAAAUUUUGUAAUUUUCUUGAUGACUGGAAUUUUUAUUAUGCAUAACUGACAAAUCAAGUUUCCAAGCAAAUGUUACAUAGUGUAGGCUUUACUUAGCUCAUCAACUUGUCAUUUUGAAGCUAAUUAUUUUAAUUAGGUUAACUAUGUACAAUAUUUUAAGCAUUACUCUUGUAAGAUUUUGCAAACUACAUUUUAACAUGGAACUCUAGGGAUAGUCACCUUUUAAAUCCUAUUGAAAAGCCAUGUUUAAGAUUUAAUUUGCCAAAAUGAUGUCUUGUUAAUAUUCUUUCAAUAACCAAGGUGGGCAAUAUAACCAAUGUUUAAAAAGCUUAAAAUGUUAAGAAAAAUAAAUAUGUAUAGGUUGAAGCAUUUGGGUGGUAAGGCAGAUGUUAUAGUGAAGUAUAUCCCUUCUUUUGAACAUUGGAGGACCAAAAAUAAGGUGUAUUGCGUCUCAGCAGUGAUUUUUAUCAAAUCUUUUUCCAAAAAAAACAUCUGUAUGCCAGGGCCUUAAAAGCCAUCAUGUAAAUUACCAGUAAAAUAUAACAUAUGCAAAUACAAAAGAAAAAUCACUUCCAUAUUGACAGUACUCCCAAACAUAUGGGUAUAGUCAUAGUGAACUAGGGGGGUUAUGAGGUUUUUGUUUGUUUGUUGUUUAGUUUUUGGUUAGUCAAUCUGCAUUUAAAUAUCAGCCAUCUUUCCUUUUUUGCUUCUUCCCUUAAAAAUUGUAUGUAUCCAGUACAUUUAACUGAUAAACAUAUAUGUUUUUUAUUAUGCUGAAUUUUCUUUUUAUUUUUUAAUUACUGUUUAUAUUUUCAAUUAUAGAAAAUGUACAAAAUGAAGUUAUAUAGCCAGUCUGUAAGUGCUAUACCAUUUUCAAAAAAUGUACAACAAUAAUUACUGCAGUUCACCUAUUUACAAACAUUUGGAAAUCUGUUCAUUUGUUAUUCUUAAAACCACCUCAAAUUUAAAGGCUACCUUAUUGUACGUUUAAAGUGUAUUAUAACAGUGUGGUAGUUAAUAAAACACUAUUUUUUUUUCUUUUGA